AUGCCUCCUAAGAGAAAAUCAGCUACACAGGCGGGAAGGCCAGCUGCCAAGAUCACAAAACGAGCGACCCCAUCCUCUAGUGCCUCGAGUGACCUGACCGAGGUUUCAGCAGCGCAACAAACAGCUGAACCUGUUAACAUCGUGGACUUAACGAGCGUGGUCACAUUGGCAGUGACAGAGGCCCUGAAAGCAGUUGGAGUUGGGCAAACGACCCCAUUAUCCAGUCCCCCCACGGUUAACUCAAGUCCUGGGCCUGUAGAUGCCUCAGCCACAGUGGAGACUGUCACAGCUGCCGAGAUAGCCAGCAUUUCAUCCCUGUCGGCGGGUAUGUCAAUCUCAAAUUCCAAUGACAAACCUAGUGAAGUGAACUUCACGAGCGUAGCAAUUGAUUUGGAGGCUCGGGUGUCGCCUAAGCUCAAGGCAAAAAUCUGGGCCAAUGAAUACAUUGAUUUUGGGGCACUACUAUCGUCUUUUCCCGACGAUGAUAAAUUUAUUCUCCCUUUUAACAAUGACGGAAAAUCGCCAAGUCUUUGCCUCGAGCCAUCUAAACCAAAGCCUAAGUUUUUAUCCUUGGGGCAAUGGCAGACGGCUUUUAACACCUUUGUGGCUGUUUAUACAGCUAAAUACCUGCUACAGGUUGCGGCUUUGCUUAAAUAUUGUGAAGUUGUCAGAGAUAUUGCUAAUAAGUCGGGAAACUGGCGUUAUUACGACCAGCGAUUCCGCUAUUUGCGUCAAACAAAUCCAGAGAAAUUUUCCUGGGACAGG